AUGCACGUGGUAGCCGAACUGACAACAGGUGAACAGGUUGCUCAUUUGCGAAGAUUCGCAGUAUCACAGAACUCUCUAGCAGGUUUUGCCGGCUUAGUGGAUCUAAGUACAAGUGCUACCUGUUCUAUUGAUUUUUCGUCAGUAGAUUAUUCAAAGUAUAGUGACGCAAAUAACAUGAACAAAUCUCACUGUGAUAUUACAUUAAACACUGAUGAUACAGAUAUAUUUCUUUCAAUUUAUUGGAAAAAUGGUAUGUUGGGAGCUGCAUCUUAUAAUACUCAAUUAUCUGAAAUUCAAAUUUUGCAUGAUAUCAUAGAAAGUAAUUUAGACUUUAAAAUGUUGAAUGCUUUAUUUAUGCAAGUUAGACCUGUAAAUAUUAUAGUAUGUAGUUCACAAGAUGGACAUUUUUUAAAAAUUAUUAAGCAAUUAGCUCAUAGUGGCGAAAUAAAUAUCUAUUCUAGUCCAACUAAUACUGAUGAUUAUAAAUCAGAUGAAAAAGUGCAUAUAUUACCCAAACAAUGUUUUAAGUUUAGAACAUGUGAGCAAUUAAUUUUAUCCAUGUCAUUGGCGUCUGCUCCAAAAAAUGAAAAAUCCCGCAAACUUUAUAUACGUAGUUUAGUUGAUUUCACUCAAGAAUUAGCUGUAUGUGCACUGGGUGCAUUAUUACAUUUCUUGGAUACUCCAUUGGUAAAAUUAAAUUUACCAACCAACUUCAUAAUAAUGUCAUUAAGAAUUCUAAACAUGGAUAAUUUACUUUGGCUUGGUAUUAGUACAUAUGAAUCAUUACAAAUAUUUUCUGCACAUGAACACCCUUCUAUAUAUAAAUGGACCAAAAAUUCAACUAAAGAAGGCCCAAGCAUUUUUAGCUUAUUGAAUCGGUGUAACUCAGUUAUGGGUUCAAAGUUUUUAAAGAAUAUUUUAGCCCAACCUACUAAAAACCUUGAUAUUAUAAAAUAUAGACAUGAAUUUAUAGAAUUUUGCAUAAACCCUUGUAAUGAAAAUGUAAUACUAUCAUUGAUUAAUUGUAUCAAACAUUGCCGUUGUGUGUUAUCUACUGUAGUAAAAAUGAAUAGUGGUAAUGCUUCAAUGUACCAAUGGAAAUUAUUAUAUCAAACAGUUAUAAAUGCUGUAACAAUUGGAGAAAUUUGUCAAAGAUAUUCUGAACAAAUAGCAUUUUUUACAAAGAUUAAAGAAACAUUAAAAGAUAGUCUUUAUACUAUGGUUAAUUCUAUGUCAUCUAUAAUUGAUUUUGAAAAAUCCACCAUACAAGAUAGAUUUGUAGUGAAACCAGGAUUCAUACCACAACUCGAUGAAAAAAAAUUAAAAAUUGAAAACAUAUCUAAACUAUUGGAUGAAAUAACAUUAAAAGAACUACAAGAUUUACCUUCAUACAUUAAUGAGUGUUCAAUUUGUAAAAUGCCAGAAAUUGGAUUUUUAUUGUGUCUUCCAUUUUGGAAACCUUUUAAUGAGAUGACUGAAAAUGAUUAUAAAAUCCAAAAUUUAGAAUUUAAGUUUCAUCUGACAGACAAUGUAUACUACAAAACUUCAAGAUGUUAUGAACUAGAUAAAUAUUUUGGUGAAAUUGAAUCAAGUAUUAUUCAAGAAGAAAUUCAAAUAAUGACAAAACUAUCAGAGCUUAUUAUACAACACUGGAUAAGCGAUCUACAUUUAAUUUUAAGAUUAAUUGCUGAAUUAGAUUGUUUAAUAGAAAAAUAUGUGGAUAAAUUUGUACCAAAUAGUUAUCAUUCUUCAAAAACAAAUCAAUCUAUCAAAAUUAUAACAGGAUUUAAUUCAAGUGGAAAAAGUAUUUAUUUAAAGCAGGUAGCAUUAAUAUCAUAUUUAUGUCAUAUUGGAUGUUAUGUACCAGCAGAGCACACAGAAAUAAGUAUAUUAGAUCAUAUUCAUACUAGAAUUCAAUCAACUGAAUCAGUUAGCUCUUUAAUGUCAGCUUUUAUGGUCGAUUUAAAACAAAUGUCAGUAGCAUUAAAUGAAUCGACAUGUAGAUCUCUUGUAAUAAUAGACGAAUUUGGAAAAGGUACAUCUGAAAUCAACGGAAUAGCUUUACUACUAUCAAGUAUUAGUCAUUUUGUGCAUAGACCAUUACAUUUAUUGCCUCACAUCAUUAUUUCAACUCACUUUCAUUCUUUGCCACAUCUUCUUCAACAGAUUAUGAAUAAAGAUAUAUUAAAUGACAAUAUAAAAUACCUAAGUAUGAGUUACACAAUAGAAUGCUCAAAAAUAGUAUGCUUAUAUAGAGUAAUCGAUCAAAUAAAAAACCAAAAUAUGAGUAUGGCUCACACUAUAGCAGAACAAAAUGGUUUACCAACAUCUAUUGUUGAAAGAGCUACUGAAGUUCUUCUAUCUAUUCAACAAAAUGAAUGUAUAAGUCCAAUGACAGAAAACCUCAGAUAUAAAUUAUUUUAUAGGAGAAAACAUUUUAUUGAAAAAGCACUCGAACUAAUGCAAGACAAAAUAACAGAUGGUGCUUUUAAAGGCUUGGUAGAUGAUAUGGAAAAUAUAAGGUAUCCAAAAAUGUUCAAAUAA